UGAAAAUCCUAGCUGACUUUGAUAAUGUGAUGGUCUUUUGUUUCCCUCAAACACAUCCCAAUGCUAGGCGGUUCCAAGAAAGAUGCAUUGUCAAUUAUGAUGAGUUACGUAUUAUUAUUGGGAAUGGGCAAUGAUCAAUCAAUAGCAAGCUGUUUGGAAAAUGAUGCAGAAACUCAAAUGCAAUCUGCUGCCAGUGAAGAUGGUUUAGACACUGCCAGUUCGUCUGACAUUCAGAGUGAUGACAACCACAUCAAAAACUUGAGGUGGACUGAUGCAAUGGAUUACUACCCAUUUAAGAGUCUUGCAGAGAAAGUGAAGGAAGGGUAUAAAAUGGACAGUACCUUACAGUGGGAGGCAUAUGACACUGCUCUUUCAACCUAAAUUAUAAAGUUGCGCUUGCAUUGACAAAAGAUCACAUUAGGAAUCGGGUUAAAACUUGGAAGAAACAGUAUGGCACUUUAAAGCAACUCUUUUCUCAUCCUGGUUUCAAAUGGGAUAAAACACGAAAGAUGAUCAUUGCAGAUGACUCGGUAUGGACCAACUAUGUCAAGGCUCACCCCGAUGCCAGGAUUUUCAGUGGAAGAGUUAUUAUUGAAAACUAUGAUAACUUGUGCACAAUCUUUGGCAAUAAUAAUGAGGUUGCAGAGGCUGUUGAUAUUUCCCCUGUUCAGAAUGGUGGCAAGGUCAAAGAUCAAGCAAAGAACAUGAGGUGGACAUAUGAGAUGGACCAAUGCCUCAGCAAGGUUCUUGCAGAGCAAGUCAAACUUGGGAAUAAGAGUAAAUUAGACAACAAAUUACGACCUGCAGCAUCUGUGGCAGCUGAUUCAGCUUUGAAUGAAAGGUUUCAGCUUGACUUGACAAGAGAGCAUGUAAGGAAUCAUCUCAAGACGUGGAAGAAACAUUAUGAGAUUCUGAAGGGGCUCCUGCAUCACAGUGAUUUUGAAUGGGAUAAAGCACACACUAUGAUCAUAGCAAAUGACUCUGCAUGGAAUCAAUAUAUUAAGAGAAAUCCAGAUGCUAGAUCUUUCCGAGGACAGGUCAUCGGAAACUACAAUGAGCUAUGUGCCAUCUUUGGUUGUGAUGAUCUUCCUGGAGGUUUAUUAAAUAGUACUAAUGAUGAUGUAAAUUUGACAGCAAAUAAUGAAGCUGCAGAUACGGAGUUUUACAAUCAGAGUGAUGUUGCAAAAGACAAAGGGAAGUACAUAUUAUGGACAGAUGAGAUGGACCGAUGUUUGACAGAACAGCUGGUGGAGCAAGUGACUCUUGGAAAUAAGCUUCAGAAAAGUUUUAAACCAAUGGCAUUUAGAGCUGCUCUUUCUGUUCUAAACAAAAAGUUUUCAUUGGAAUUGACAACAGAAAAUAUUAGAAACAGGCUCAGGACCUGGAAGAAACAAUACAGACUUGUGAAAGAACUCCUCUCUCAGCAAGGAUUUGAAUGGGAUGAGAGACAAAAGAUGGUUAUCACUAAUGACUCGGAUUGGAGAGAGGGCAUCAAGACCUUAAUCAUCUUAACAAUCCAAGGAGACAUUAAAGAGGAGGCAUAAUAAUGAUGUAAUGUUAGAGAUGAAGUGCUAUGGCAGAAAACAUUGGUAGGAUUGCUGAUGCAUUGACGGAAAAGACUGUUUCAAAUGAUGCAGACAAUUCCUGCCUUUGACGAUGAUCUUAUAGUUGACGCUUGUGAGUAUCUUUCUUUUGAUGAUAGGAGGGCCAGGAUGUUUAUGAAAUUGGAUGAGAGGUAAAGAAAAAAGUGGUUAUUGAAAAGGUUGCGGGGUUAAGAUAGUUGAAUACUUUUUUCCUUUAAAUCUUUAUUCGUUUUUUCCCUCAUUCUAUUGGUUGCCUUAGUCUCAUUUCAGACCUUCUAUGUUUCUCAAACGAGAGUUUGUUGGAUAUAGGAAAAUUUUUAUCUCACAAUGCAUAUGUACACAUCAAACACAAAAUAUAUUUUUUGUUUUUAA